UAAUAUAAUCAUUGUAAUUCCUCUAAUAGGUAACGUUUUUUGCGACUCGAUUCGUUUACGAAAAUUCAAGGAACACCUGUCGUAGCAACCAGUGUUUUCGUUCGCUUCAAAAUUACUCAUGUCGUCGAUUAGUGUACAAGUUCUUUCGCUUAAACAAUUUUUUAGACGUUCAAAAAUCGUUUAACGAGUUGUUUAAACUUUAUACGAGAGGUUAAGUUCGUCAGUGUUGAUUGCUGUGAUCGUACUUCGUAUCCCGCGUAAUUAAGUUCCCGUUUCAAGUUUAAUUUCUUGAUAGAAACAGUGUAAGAAAUGCUGGAAACGCGUUCAGCGAUUUACAAAAUGAUCGAAGAGGCUCGUGAAGACAGACGGAUUGAAAAUUGGCCGCCACCGUUCUCGUCCGAAAUGACGGAGUACAGCGACGAUCGAGAUUUUGAUGAAAUCGUCAAACGUUCGUGUAAAACGAGAAGUAUAACGUUGAAAAUUGCGAAGGCGAUCGUGAUCGGUGACGUUUCAGUUGGAAAAUCGUGUUUAGUAAAUCGGUUUUGUCACAAAGUAUUUGACAACAAUUACAAGGCGACGAUCGGUGUGGACUUCGAAGUGGAGCGGUUCGACAUCCUUGGGAUACCAUUUCAUUUACAAAUAUGGGAUACCGCAGGUCAAGAGAGAUUUAAAUCCAUAGCUGCUUCUUAUUACAGAGGCGCGAAUGUGAUCAUGGUCGUUUUCGAUUUGGCGAAUUUGAUGUCUUUGAGACACUGUCAGCAAUGGUUGAACGAAGCUGCUGGAAGUAACACUGAGCCUUAUCACAUAUUUUUGAUAGGCACGAAACGAGAUUUAUUGUCUGAUCAAGUGUAUAAAAUCAUGGAGAGACGAGGGGGAGAAGUCGCGAAGAAAAUGAGAGCCGAAUUUUGGGCCGUUUCCUCCAGGACUGGAGAUGGUGUCAAAGAAUUAUUUUCGAGAGUAGCUGUCCUAUCCUUUCAUGCUAUGAUUUUACAAGAACUACAAAGCAGAUCUGCAUCAAUCACGAUUGGUUCAGAUUUGAUAACGCUGAACGAUCGAAGGGAGAUGAAAGUCAGGAAAAGGAAUGCAUGCUUUGAUUGUAAAUGAGUAUAUAAUAAACUCGCCAACCCUUCCCUGUAUCAUUUGAACUCGAUGCAACUCGGCGGAAAAGAAAGCGGAAGGCUCUCAAAGUAUGCAACAAGCCAGAUGGUCGCCAUAUUGUAAAAUGGAGACCGGGCCAAAGCGUCCUCUACCGAACAGUCUCCUGAAUGAAUUCCCCGUUGACGUUGUUGAGGAGAGCACGCGUUAUUUCGUGAAAAGAAGCCACUUGUUUCCCCGUGUUCGAUGCCGAGGUGUGCGGCGGUCACGUACACACAAAUUUCCGAGCAGUGGUGGAAUUACUGGAACCAGUGCGGUUACGUCGUUUUUGCACGAGUGCAACGCACCGAACGGGACGCCGAAUCGAUGUAAAGUGUUGUCACAUGGUUAUUCCGUCUCCUCAACUUUUACCGAGACGCGACUCCCUCCGAGAAGAUUCCUGUUAGCGAUUCAACGUUUCCUCGUUCGAAAACGGUUCCCCAGG